AUGGAGGCCCAGAAAAAGGCAGAAAAAAAGUCAAAGAAAAAGCAAAAGAAAGAGGAAGUGAAUCUCUACAAAACAAUGAUAAAUGAACUGUUCGAAAGUUCUGAUUUGCAAAUAACAUUGCCAUCAAGUUUAGAUUCGUCGCAAAGAAGAGAGCUGGCAGACUAUGCGUCAACAUUUGUUGGACUUAGACCAAAAUUCAGAGGGCAUGGCACGUCCCGAACGCUUAGCGUCCAUAAAAACAACAAAGUGAAUGACAGCACGGUCAUAGUUAGCUUAAACGAAAGCGAAGCUGAUUCGAUUUCAAAGGUGUUGAGCAGCACAGAAGAAAAUUUACCACUAUCUGAUCUACCGACAAGACCACCAUGCAUUGUAGAGAGCAUUGUUGUAACUGUGCCACCAAUUCCCAUUCCACGUUCUACGCCCAAUGCACUUCCGAUUCAUCAAUACCAGGGAGAAAUUUUGGAAACAAUUCAAAAACAUCAAGUCAUUAUCAUUUCGGGCGAAACAGGUUCGGGCAAGACAACACAAGUCCCACAGUUUAUUUUGGACGACAGUGCAGAAAAAAACAAAGGCUGUCGGAUAAUGUUGACCCAGCCACGUCGCAUGGCGGCAGUAUCUGUUGCCAAGCGCAUUUCGGACGAGCGAAAAGAGCUGCACGGUUGUACAGUUGGACAUCAAAUCCGUUUGGACAGCUGCAUUCAACCCACGACCAAUCUGAUUGUCACGACUAGCUACUUCAACAACUGUCCGAUAGUUGUUGUUCCAGGAAGAACAUUUGAAAUUAGAACAUCGUUCCUCGGCGAAAUUUUGGCUGAUACCAACUAUGAAUCCUUCGAAAUGACGGCAUAUAUCAAUGGACUGCACGUCGACACCAACACAGCUGAUAUCGAGUUCAUCGACGAGGCUUUAGACAUUUGUUUGUCUCAGGGAGACGAUUCGUCUUUUGAGACGAUAUUCACACUAAUAGCCAGCGGAAAAAUGUCAGUCGACUAUUUUCAUAGCACAAAAGGGCGAUCAUCACUUGCAAUUGCCGCUGAAAAAGGUUUUUACAGUGCACUGACUGAACUGCUGCAAAAUUUUAAUGCAAAUCCAUCAUUGAGAGAUGUAAAUGGCAAAACGGCCUUCGACUACGCCGAUGAAAAUUUCCAAAAGGAUUGCUGUGAACUAUUGGUAGAUGCCAUACAACAAUUCAAAUUAAACGCGUAUAACAAGACGAACGAAAUUGACGGCCUUGAUCAUGAGCUACUUAAUCAUGUGCUCAUAUCUAUUCACACCAUGAAGCCAAUUGAUGGUAGCAUACUUGUGUUCUUGCCCGGCUAUGACGACAUUAUGGUGCAAAAAGACAUGAUCGAGACUCGAUUCCACGUGACCAACUAUCGACUGUAUGUGCUACACAGCGGCGUUAAUGGAGCCAUCAAUGUGGAACAGAUGAAAGUGUUUCAUCGAAUGCCAUCUGGCAUACGGAAAAUCAUUCUCUCGACAAAUAUCGCGGAAACAUCGCUUACGAUCGAAGAUGUGGUGUAUGUCGUCGAUUUAGGCAAAAUGAAGCAGUUAAGUUACGACCCGUUCGAUUCAUCAACGUGUUUGGCUACGACCAAUAUAUCAAAAGCAUGUGCCCAACAAAGAGCAGGACGAGCAGGUAGAGUUCGAAAUGGGUUUUGCUACCGUUUGUAUUCGACAGAAACAUUUGAAAAAUUGGUGGAACAUACAUUGCCAGAAAUUCAACGCAUUGCACUGACGGACAUUUGUCUCAAAGCAAAGGUUAUGUCCGAUUCAUCAAUAGAAGACUUUUUGACAAAAGCCAUUCACCCACCGUCUGUGUCAAAUAUUCGUGAAAGCAUUAAGUUGCUGAAAAAAAUCGAUGCAUUGGAUGACCAGGAAAAUAUUACGUGCUUAGGCCAACACUUGGUCACCAUGCCAGUGGAUUGUAAGCUGGGCAAAAUGCUUUUGUACGCCAUUCUUAUGCGGUGCUUGGACCCAGUCGUAACAAUUGUCAGUGCACUAUCGGUCAAAGAGCCAUUCGCAUUGCAAACCAAAAGCAGAAAAAUGAAAAACGUCGGAAAAGUAAAGGAGGAAUUUGCAGAGCAUUCAUUGAGCGAUUUCAAAAUGUUGCUGAAUGUGUUUGAGGCGUGGUUUACAAGUGAAGGACGAGCAGGUUUCUCCGAAAACAAUGGCAUUCACCAUCAAAACCUGCAAAUGAUUGCAGUGAAAAGUCGCGCAUCUCGAAGUUCACUGUCAUUAAUCAUAUCACACUGGUGCCGACUAUUGAUCUCUUAUUGUUCGCUGGGAAGUCAAACAUACCUGAACUGCCAACAGCACAUGAAUAUGAUGAUAUCGUCUUCGCCGUCGACGACUGGAUACAAUGCAUUGCUGACCAAAAAGACGCCCAACUUUUGUGGCAACUUCGGUCAAAAUUCGGACUAA